CGUUUAUUGCUAUUCAUUUAUUUGAAAAUUUUGUUCCUAAAUAGAAAUAAAAACCUCAAAAUCUAAGACUUGGGAGGAGACUUCUGCUGAUAUCUACACUACAUGUUUAAGUUCUUAAUUCUGUAGGUUUGAAAUUUGAACCACAUGUUUUGGUAUCUGAAUUUAGUUUAUGUUCUAUUAUUGGGUCCAUCUGAUUUUUCUAAUCAAAUAAAUUAUAUAUAGGUUUUGGAUAAUUGGUUUUAUGAACUCACCUCCAUAACAUAAUCUUUAUUUUAUUUUAGCAAAAUAAAAAAGAAAAACAUAAUCUUUGCUUUUUUACUUCUGCAACUCUCCAUGCAUCGAUCUCCAUUGUUUUUCUUAAAAUCUAUUUAAUGCUUUUGUUCCUUCUUCCUCGACACAAACUAAGAACACUGCUUUAUUCUUAAUCUGACAAAAAAAACUAACUAAGAACACUGCUUUAUUCUUAAUCUGAUUAUUCGCACCUUUUCCUAGGGUUUUGUUUCUUCUUCCUACGAUGCUUUCUGAACCCGAUAAAAGAUUCGGUAGGAAAACAGAACAGACGACUUUGAUAUAAAGAAAAAUGCAACGUGUCAGACUUAUAAGCAAGUGGAGCAUCGCUCCCUUUUAUUUUAUUUUUUGGGGGGAGGUUUUGCUCUUUCAUGUUUCCCUUUAAUCACUUGAAAGUUACCAACUAAAUAAGCAAACUAGGUUUCUUCUCAUUCAGUGCAAGUCUUUAAGGCUGUUUUUAUACCUUUUUCACAGCUUAUGCUUCAACAGAACUCUGCUUGUUUAUACUUUUUGCAUCCAAUAAGGAUCUAAGAUUUUUUGUUUUUUUGAAGUCUUAAUGCUCUUGUGGUGUACAAUCAGAUUUGAUUUGCGAGAAAGAAGAGAGCAGACCAAGAUUCAUUUCAGUCUGAUGAAGAUUAUGAAACUUGGAACUAAACCGGAUUCAUUUCAGUCUGAUGAAGAUUGCAUAAGGUAUGUAGCAUCUGAUUUAGCAACCGAUGUAGUUGUAAACGUUGGAGAUGUGAAAUUCUAUCUUCACAAGUUUCCUCUGCUCUCCAAAAGCGCUCGUCUUCAGAAACUGAUAGCUGCAACGGUCGAUGAACAAUCAGACGCUGCUGAAAUAAACAUACCGGAUAUUCCAGGAGGUCCUCCAGCGUUUGAGAUAUGCGCCAAGUUCUGCUACGGAAUGACCGUGACACUCAACGCUUACAACGUUGUAGCUGCUCGUUGCGCUGCUGACUAUCUCGAGAUGUAUGAAUCUCUCGAGAGCGGCAAUCUUGUUUACAAGAUCGAGUUUUUCUUGAACUCGAGUGUUUUAAGAAGCUGGAAAGACUCCAUCGUUGUUCUCCAGACGACAAGAACGUUACAUCCGUGGUCUGAAGAAGUCAAGAAGAUCGAUGUAAGAUGUUUCGAAUCGAUCGCUUUGACAGUUGCAGUGGAACCAGCGAGAGUAGAUUGGUCUUAUACGUAUAACCGAAGAAAGCUUAACAACAAGAAUGGUGUGGCUAGAGAUUGGUGGGUCGAGGAUCUCGCCGAGCUUAACAUUGAUGUAUACAAAAGAGUGGUUUCAACUAUCAGAAGAAAAGGCGGUGUUUCGCCUCAGGUUAUAGGAGAAGCUCUUGAGGUAUAUGCUGCCAAGAGAAUCCAAUUCCAAACUGAGAAUGAUGUGGACGAGCAGAGGUGUUUGUUGGAGACAUUGAUCUCGUUGUUGCCUAGUGAGAAACAAAGUGUUUCUUGUAGGUUCUUGAUCAAGCUGUUGAAAUCAUCGGUUUCUCUGGGAUGUGGAGAAGACGUGAGGAACAAGUUAAGUAGGAGAAUUGGAGAGAAGCUAGACGAAGCAAGUGUGGAUGAUCUCUUGAUCAGAGCUUCUUCGCAAGGAUGUGAAACAGUCUAUGAUGACAUUGACAUUGUUGAGACUUUAAUCGAUGAGUUUAUUAUACAAACACAGAAAAGAGAUGAGCUUGAUUGUUCAGACAUGUCUGUUUCAGACAGCUCCAAAAUAAUUGUCGCCAAGCUAAUUGAUGGUUACUUAGCUGAGAUCUCGAGAAUCGGACCAGAUUUCUUAACUUCAAAGUUCAUUGCAGUAGCAGAAAAGGUUUCGUGUUUCCCAAGAUCAUCACACGAUGGAAUUUAUCGUGCUAUUGACAUGUUCUUGAAGCAACAUCCAGGAAUAUCAAAGAGUGAGAAGAAAUUGAUAUGUCGAUUAAUAGAUUGCCGGAAACUAUCACAUGAGGCAUGUGCCCACGCUGUGCAAAACGAGCGGUUACCUUUACGUGUCAUUGUGCAGAUACUCUUCUUCGAGCAGGUUCGUGCCACCGCGAAACCUUCUCCUCCACCGAGCGGCUCUCGCGGGAGCUCGACGAUGGAAGAAGAGUGUGACUCAGUAACAGCCAGGGAGGAGACGACGGGAGACAAGACAAGUAGUUCUGAGAAGACCAAGGCUAAAGGAGUUGUGACGUCCAGUAUUUUCUCGAAGCUUUGGACUGGCAAAGACAAAGAUGGUGUGGGAGAUAUUAGUAGCUCGGAUACUAGUGAAAGUCCUGGCUCAGCCACCACCGUCGAUGAUAAAUCAACACCGUCCACUCGCAGGAGAAGAUCAUCCUCUUGAGUUUAGACUAUUUAAGUUAUUAUUUCUUUCUUGAUUAGGGCUCUAGUUUAAGCUAACUUGCUUUAGAUCAAACUUGGGUUAUCCUUUCUUUUUCUUUUUUUUUUUGAACAACAAACUUGGGUUAUCCUAUAAGUUUUGUUUUGGUGAUAAUAGGCAUAACCCAAAGUUUUUGGUUAUGUAACGGUUACAAUUUUGAGAAACCUAUA